AGCUCCUCCAUUUCUUCUCCCAACAUUGACCCUUACUUCUAUAAUCCAAUUUCUGAUGAUCAUAUAGAAGGAAGAAAAAGGAAGUUUUGUAUAGAAAGAAUAUUUUUUUCCAUUUUAUAGUCCGAAGAAUUCAAGUAUUUUUUAGAAAAAAUGUGCUCGACAAAGCAAAAGCUCAAUAAAGAUUGGAUAGAAGAAGCAAUCUCUGGCGGGUCAUUAAAGCGGGUCGAUUUGAAUAACGGAGCAAACGGGUGGGCGUCACCACCCGGAGAUCUUUUCAAGCUCCGCGCCCCAAAUUACUUCACUAAAAAGACAAAAAUACCCUCAGGUGAGUGGCUGUUACAGCCCGCGGGAGUCGAUUGGCUGAGGUCUAGCUCAAAACUCGACCACGUCCUCGCGCGUAGCGACAACCUCGUGAUGCAAGCGCUGAAGAAAUCUCACUCACAAGGCGCGUGCUUAAAAACCUUCGUACUCGCCGUCAAUCUUCAAAUCCCCGGUAAGGACCACCACAGCGCUGUUUUCUACUUUGCUACCAAGGAAAACCGCGCCCUUGAACCCGGUUCGCUCCUCUACCGAUUCGUUCACGGAGACGACUCGUACCGUAACGCCCGAUUUAAAAUAGUGAACCGGAUCGUUCAAGGACCGUGGAUUGUGAAAACCGCGGUGGGGAAUUACUCGGCGUGUAUACUAGGCAAAGCUUUAAAUUGCUAUUAUCACAAGGGAGAUAAUUACUUAGAAAUCGACGUGGAUAUUAGUAGCUCGGCGAUUGCGAAUGCGAUUUUGCAUUUGGCUUUAGGAUACGUAACGUCAGUGACGAUCGAUAUGGGGUUUUGUGUGGAGGCGACAGCGGAGGAGGAGUUGCCGGAAAAGUUGUUCGGGGCGGUGAGAGUUUGUCAAAUGGAAAUGAGCUCUGCUACCUUUGUUGAAACGACGUCGUCGAGGAAGAUAACAAAUACUAGUCAUUUUAAUAAUAAUAGUACUAGCAAAGUGCAGGCUGAGGACAGCGAAGAUGACGAAGAAAAAUGAGUUUUUUUUUUUUAAUUGUUGGAAAAUUUCAAUUUGUGAUUUUUUUUUUGGGUAAUUAUAAUGGGAAAAUUUUAGUGAUCCCUGAUACAAAUGUCUUUGUUGUCAACUUUAAUAAAAAGAACUUGUUCAUCUCUUAAAUUUUACAAUAUUUUU